CGGCUAAACGGCCAACCUCAUCCUUCUUACUCUCGCGAUUCAAGCGGCAAAAUUUCCUAUCUGAAAGCCCUAACCGCGAAAAAUUGAUCUGAUUGUGUCGGAAACAAUCUGUUCGGUCUACUUGUUUAGUGAUGUCGACGAAGCGUAAUCACAAGGAGAAAACCAUCCGCCGACACCAUAAGGAGGAGAAGCAGGAAGAACCCGAGCAGCCGAAAUACAGGGACCGGGCAAAAGAACGGAGAGAAGAUCAAAAUCCGGAUUAUGAGAUAACUGAGUUGACGUCCUUUCAUGCUGUUGCUCCCCCGGGAAAUGUUGAUCUCCUGUCUGCUGAUGCACACAAGUUAUCUAUUGAGAAGAGCAAAUAUCUUGGAGGUGAUGUUGAGCACACACAUUUGGUCAAAGGGUUGGAUUAUGCUUUGCUUCAUAAAGUGCGAAGUGAAAUAGACAAGAAGCCUGAUGUUGGGGAAGAGACUGAUGGAAAAUCAAAAGGACAAAAGGAUGACCAGCCAGUAACUUUUCGCACUGCAUCAGCAAAGUCGGUUUAUCAGUGGAUAGUCAAACCACAAACUGUCAUCAAGACAAAUGAAAUGUUCCUUCCUGGACGAAUGGCUUUUAUAUUUAACAUGGAAAAUGGAUAUUCUCAUGAUAUUCCAACAACUGUCCACAGAAGCAAAGCUGAUUGUCCUAUUCCUGAGGAAAUGGUGACUGUGAGCGUUGAUGGUUCAGUUUUAGAUCGGAUUGCUAAAAUAAUGUCAUAUCUCCGCCUUGGGUCAUCAGGGAAAGUUCUGAAAAAGAAGAAGAAAGACAAAGAUACAAAAGGAAAGAUUUUGUCUGUUUCUAAUGGAUAUGAAGAGGAUGAGAGGAUAUUGAAAUCUGAUUCUAUAAAGAAUCAAACUGUACGGGAAACCCUACCACCACCUCCCCCACUUCCCAAACAGAAUCUUCCUGAUCCAAAAGAGAAGCGGGAAUCAACUGGUGUUAGGAAAGAAGAGGAGGAUAUUUUUGUUGGUGAAGGGAUAGACUAUGCUAUUCCAAGUAAAGAUAUGAGCCAAAGCCCAAUUUCAGAGGACAUGGAAGAAUCUCCUCGAAAUAAAGAUAAGAAUUCCUACUUUGCUGAACCUGCAUAUGGCCCAGUUCCACCAGCUGAGAUGUCUCAUGGUUGGCAACAAUCGAAUGGGUAUGAUGCUUUGCAAGCACAAGCAUUGGCUGGCAGCUACCAGGGAGAGUGGCAGAACUACCAAUAUGCUGAACAGCUGGCUUACCCUGAGCAAUAUCUCCAGCAAGACAUUCAAAGCUAUGAUAUGCAAGCUGGUUCAAACGUCCUGCAGGACCCACGCUUUAUGACUCAAGAAGAGAAGGAUAGGGGCUUAGGAUCUGUGUUUAAGAGGGAUGAUCAGCGGCUUCAACAACUGAGGGAGAAGGAUGCUCGGGAGAAAGACCCUAAUUUUAUAUCUGAGAGUUACUCUGAAUGCUAUCCUGGUUACCAAGAAUAUAACCGUGAGAUUGUUGACAGUGAUGACGAAGAUGACUUAUCCAAAAUGGACAUGGGUGGACGGGCAAAGGGCCGCCUUCAUCGUUGGGACUUUGAGACGGAAGAGGAAUGGGCUACGUACAAUGAGCAGAAGGAAGCAAUGCCAAAAGCUGCAUUUCAGUUUGGUGUCAAGAUGCAAGAUGGUCGGAAGACCCGCAAACAGAACAGAGAACAGAAACUCACCAACGACCUGCACAAGAUAAACAAAAUACUCGCCAGGAAAAAGGCCGAGAACGGUGAGAAAAACGAUGAGAGCAGGAUGCAUGACGAUGAAUCACAUCCUGGAAAGAAGCUAAGGAUAUGAUGAUUCAACUUAAUCUUCCUGUGAUAUGAACUGUUACCUAUCCUCCUACAACGCUCCAGUUCUGUUUGAAGUUAACCCUCAUUGGCCAUGAUGUGAUUUGUUUAUCUUCGGAGGUUUGUAAUUGAUUUUGGAAUUCUGGAUAAGGGAUAUGAAUAAAUGAUGACUUUGCAGGCUACGA